CUUCUGACCUGCUUCUGACGUCUAUUGAAUUGUACACAAUGUUCAGGAACGGCGCGUAACCUAUUACUCUUUCCUAAAUAGGUAUUGAAAGUGUUCAAAAGUUUAUGUAGCUAAAAUGUCGUUAAAUUUAUCACAGCAGUUACAUUCAACGCAAUACACUCCACUGAAUAAUAAACGAAACCGCCAUUUGUUACGAAAAGAAGAUACGUUAAAUUUGUCACCAAUUUUAAACGAGACAUCCAUUUUUAAAAAUCUCAACGAUACAAGUCUUCGGCAAGUUCUCGAUGAGUCAUCUAUAAUAGUUACUGCAGGAACAGUGGGCAACGGAUUGAAUGAAGCAUUUUUUGACAUAAUUCAAAAUAGCCGGUCAAGCAACGUCCUCGAAACAUUAGCAAGGUUAGCACAAGUCUGCUGCGACUCUUUAGAGCUUGUGGAGCCAUGGAACAGGUAUAACGCACAUAACUACUGGCUAGCAGAGGAAGCGAACACUUGGAAACUCUUACUUUGCUUGUAUGCAGAUUCUAUCUCUGAACACCCAGAGUCCUUGGACAAUUUGAUAACGGAAACUACGCUGUCACAGCAAACUUUGGUAAACGCUUUAUUUAGAGUUGAUUCAGAGCUCAGACUCUUGCAGCUGUUAGUAGACUGGCUUGAAGCCACUGCGGCUUACCAGGAUGAAGCCACAAAAACAUCAGCUCCAGUCAUUGGCAAUAACAUCCAUUGGGGUAACACACUACAUCAGUUGCUCCUGGGUACUAGUUUAUUUCACAAAGAAAAAAGCAAAUCUAUGAUCACCUGUAUGGAUCCAGAUGCUCCAAGGCGUCAAAAAAGAGUUAUACAUUCUGAUGAUUUGAAAGAUGACAAUGAUUUAUGCAAAAGAAUUUUUACAGAGGUCAGGUGUGGCAAAUUCAAGGAUGCUGUAUCUUUGUGUAUUAAUGCAGGACAAGCUUGGCGAGGUGCUGUAUUACAAGGUUGGAUCCUAUUGAACUACCUCCCACGUGAGGAUCCUACAGCUCCUCUAGAAAUAUCAGGAAGCCCUUCCAGAGACUUAUGGAAAUGGUGUGCCCUGGGCAUUGCUAACAAUAUCACAGAAAAUAUACAUUACAGAGCCACAGUUGGAAUUUUAAGUGGACAUUUAUCAAGUACACUUCCUGCUUGUCAAGGUAACUGGGAGGAUUUGUUGUGGGCUCACUUAAAAGUGCAAAUUGAAGCCAGAGUAGACAAAUUCCUCCAUGAACACCACAUCACAGUUGAUGCCAACACAACCACACCUGAAGUGUUAGAGCUGUUGCAAUCUGAGCUUCAAAUUGAAGAGAUGACUCUUCAACAAGUAUUUAAUGCUGUUAAAUCAUUAAUGGAUGGUAAAAGAGAGUCUGACUAUCAAACCUGUCAACGUCAUCUCAUGCUGGGCAAUAUUAGAACCAUCAUGCAGGAAUCUUUACAAUGGCUAGAAAACACAGAUGAUAAAUUUUUGAGAUUUUUGGCUCAUUUAAACUUAAUUUUGAGAAAUAUGGGAAAAGAUCCUCAUCAUGACAUAGGGGACCAAGUAUUGGAGAAAUAUGUCAUACAGCUGAUUCAAGGAUUAAUGGAAGGUUCUGUAGAUCGUCCUGAUCUUAUAGCAUACUACACUUCCACAGUGCCAGUUGACAGACAAAUAGUACUUUAUGCAGAAUUGAUGGAUCAUGUACAUAAAAGUGAUUACCGAGAAGGAGUUGUAAAAGCUGGUUUGAAUGCAGGCAUUGAUGUUGCAGCAUCAGCUCGAGUUGCCAUCAAUAAAGCAAUAUCUGAUAUUCAAAUAAGUUAUGGAAAUUUGGAUUUAAACUUCACCCAAACAGCCACAGCAGAGAAAGAUAAAACACUUAUCAACAAAGUAAUAUGCUCACUGGAAUGGCUAUCAUUGUUGGGAAAUCAGUUGCAAGAAGCUCUGUGGCUAAGCAAUGCUAUGAUUCGUACAUUCAUUUUUCUUAGUAACACUGAGGCUGCGCUUGCAUGCCUUAGCAACUUUAAUAAAAUGUUUCCAGAAUUUAUGGACAAGGUCAAUUCAAAUUCAGCAGAACUAAGAGAACAUUUAUGUUUGAAAGCAUAUUUAGAGUCUUUGGAAGGUUUUGCAACAUGGUACAGGCAUUACAUUAGUGGUCAGCCUAAAGAUGUGGAGGCUUUGCCACCAGAUGCAUCUUUUUCUGAUAAGGCCCACCAUGAACAGAGAGUUGCUCAAGUGGAACAACAGAAAGCACGCUGGUCAAAUGCUGUCUCACAUCAAGCCAGACAUACCAAAAAUUUGCUGUACAAUGUGUUACUAUUCCCAGGAGGUUGGCUACAGGAUGAAAAUGAUAGUACAACAUCAGAAAACUUUACUGAAAAUGAGAGAAAGGAAAGGUCAAAACAGUUGGAAACUUUGAGAUCCUUAUGCAUUCCUGAAGUGGCAAUUUUGAUACUAAAAAUUUUACAGAGCAAUGACAACAUCGAAAACCACAAGGAGGCUGUAAAGCUGAGUAAUUUACUUGCUGCUGAAAACAGAUGUCUCUACAAAGUAUUCACCAAAAACAAACUAAUGGAAAUAUUGGACAUGAUUAAGGAGUCUUGUCUUUUAUUAUUGGAAAAAGGGAAUGAUGUCUUUGGUUAUGAAUUAAAUGAGGAUUAGUUUUUUUGUAUUGAAUUUUAAUAAAUGUUUGCAACUA